AUGAAGGACGUUCUCAAGACAGAAGAGUACGAGAUCCCCGAGGGAGUCACCGUCGAGAUCAAGUCUCGUCUCAUUACCGUUACUGGUCCCCGGGGCACCUUAACCAAGAACGUCCGACAUGUGAACAUGGACAUCCAGGUCCAAAAGGGCACGCCAACGAAGGUCACAUUUGCUGUCUGGCAGGGUGGCCGUAAGCACGUUGCCCAGCUCAGGACAAUGCGCAGCUUAGUGGAGAACAUGGUGCUUGGCGUCACCAAGGGAUUCCGCUACAAGAUGCGUGCCGUGUACGCUCAUUUCCCCAUCAACUGCAUCAUCCAGGAGGAUGGCAAGGCGUUGGAGAUCCGUAACUUCUUGGGCGAGAAGACUGUACGGAAUGUCGCCAUGCUGGAGGGAGUUGAGGUUGCGGAAUCGAAGGCCCAGAAAGAUGAGCUGAUUCUCAUCGGCAACGAUAUCCAGAACGUCUCCCAAUCUGCUGCCUCGAUUCAAGGCAUUUGCCGUGUACGGAACAAGGAUAUCCGAAAGUUCCUUGACGGUAUAUACGUUUCGGACCGGGGUACUCUCGACGAGUAG